GACGUACAAUUUUCCUCCGAACGAUUUUUUUUUUUGUGCAUGGAAAUCUGUAAUUUUUAGAUUUAUCAAUUAACAAGGGGGCGCCGCGCAAAUCUAUCAUCAUGGACGUGGACCUCAGCCUGGACGAGAUAAUUGAACGCAAGCGCACACAGAAUGCCCCACGGGCCACCGAUAAAAAACUACAUGCCGUUCAGAUGAAGCCGCGUAAGCCGGCUAGCAAACAGGGCCUGAACACGCACACAUACGACGCCCGCAACAAGAUCAUCCAGAAGACGCGCGCAAAAAUCGUUGACGCUCGCGACAUACUCAACCAGAAUAUUCGCGAAUCCGGCAUCGAUGCCCGCAACGUACUGCUCGAGCGCAAGAAGGAGCGCAUGCCAAUACCCCUGCCGCUGCCCCCGAAGUCGGGUCGCUCGCCGUCUCGUGGUGUCGGCGGUGCCGGCAGUCUACACAAGAGUCGCUUUACUCAACAGAUUAUAGCGUUGAACAAACCACCGAGCCGCGUCAUACAAAAUAUGUUUAAUAUGAAGAAGGAACGCACUGGACUUGGCUACAAGCCGAGGCUCGGGGGCAGCACGGGCAUCAUAUAUGAGCCCAGGGUGCUCAAUCCAGGCGCCAAGCCGUUUGUGCCAGCCGGCUACGUGGACUACGACAAUAUGCAGGAGCUAGAGGAACAGGAAAUUGCACGUGCUUUGCACCUGGCUAACAUACGCACCAAUUCCCCGCCACGUGUUCGCAUGAACCGCUAUGACCUGGACAUGGACGGCGUGGAGAUCACAUCCACGGGCGGCAGUGCUCUGUCUAAUGAUCCGUUUUCCGUAUACGAGGCGGCACGCAAUCGUGUGGAGCGACCCACCCUGCCGCCUCCGCCAUUGGGUGGCGGCCGUGUGGAUGGCGGGGACAAGACGUUCGAGCGACGCCAGCGCAAUCUGGCCACCUCCAAUCUGCCGGAGUCGCUGCGUGCCCGUCUCUUUGGUAGCGAGCCCGAUCGUCGCGUCUCGCACGGCAUCUACGCGAACGAGAAUGGCAGCGGUCAGUCCAACGGGAACAUGACGACGUCCCAUACGUCCUCGCGGUCCAUUCACCAGCGUCGCAGUCCACCGAACUUAUCGAUGACAUUGCCACUGAGUGUGGUCAACAAGCCCGGCUACCGUCUGCUGGUGAGCAAUCUGCACGCGAACGUCACCACGGCGGACAUACGUGAGCUGUUCAAUGACAUCGGGCCCAUGUACGAUGCCCACGUGGUACGUCCCGGCACUGCCGAGGUCAUCUACAAGUCACUCGAGCACGCCGAAAUGGCCGUAGAGGCGUAUCACCAGCGCGAGUUCGACGGCCAGCCGAUGCACUGUGUGCUGGUCAAUCCGCACUCCUCCAAUCGCUCCACACACUCAGUCAGCUCUCGCACUGUGACGACAAACUCAUCCGGCGUUGAGGUUGACAUCGAUGCACUGCACUCGGUGCUCUUCCGCGAUCGUUAGGCCACACAUCCAAUAUAAUCGCUUCUUGGGCAAUUACCAAGCGAACGAUUCACCUAGACACUGAAUUCAUUGGCCACUCAUCUCGAUCUGCUC